UUUCACUAACUCAGAUGUCCGACACUCUCUGUGAACUUGAAACACACACAAUGAGCUCUGCGGUGUUUUAAUUUGUAAUAUUAUAAACAAAUAUUUUAACUUUCUGUCGGUCUUUGAACUCAACAUGCGGCUCCGGGUGUGGUGCGUUUGGACCAGCUGGAUUUUAACUCUUCACGCCGCCGCUCAGCAUCCUCCUGCCCGGGAGGAGGGAGGCGUGCAGCCCGGCUGGAGGAGGCAGAGCACCGGGACACCGACCCCGCCGCGGCCGGACGCCAGGACGCCGACGGCGGCGGUGAGAGCAGCUCUGACCGGUCCUCGUGUCUGUGGAGGUCGCUGUUGUGUCGGAUGGACUCUGUCGCCGAAAACCAGACGAUGCACCAAACCCAGGUGUUUUCCCCGUUGCCAUAACAACGCGCUGUGUCGGCAGUCCAACCGCUGCGUGUGUCGUCGAGGUUUCCACGGUUACCGCUGUGAGGUUCCCACGGUAACACUGACCUCCGUCCAUCCCACUAGCAUCCAGGACCUGAUCCCCAAAAACCCCAACGGACCCCGAGAACCAGCCUCCAGACCUCCUCCCAGCCAAGUACUCAGAACGAUGAAGGUCCUCAGUCUCUCCUCCUCCUCCUCCUCCUCCUCCUCCUCCUCCUCCUCAGCUCCCUCACUACCAGAGACCAGCAGCAAACCCAAAACCUCAGACCUGGAUCCAUCCUCUACUGAGACCCACAACAAAGAGGAGCAGCCUAAGACCUCCAACAAGGGGUUUCUCCUGCAGGUGGAGAACCAGGCCUCCCCGAAAAGUCCUCCUGAGUCUAAAGCAGCUGACAGUGCUGGUCCUGGUCCAGAGUUCCCCGGGCUGAGGGGAGGGAAGAAGGAGGUGAAGACUGGAGGAGCAAAGAACCAGGUGUUGAGUGUGAGGGAGGCCCAGGCUGUGCUGCUGAGGAAGACUCUGUCUCGGGGAGGAAGAGGAGACAAGAUGGCCGCCCUGCUGAUGAGGCACAUCGAAAAGGAGAGAAAGAAACUUCUCACCGCGACCUCCCCUUCCUCCUCCUCUUACUCCUCGUCUUCAUCAUCAUCCAUCAAGACCAGUGUGAAGACUUUCCACACUCAGAAGGGGCAGUACACCGUGCACGUCACUGCGGCCGCAGCUGAUGGACAGAGAGCUGCAGGAGGUGGAGGAGGAGGAGGAGGAGGAGGAGUGGAGAGGAUCCAGGUGAUGUUCACGCCGACAAUCUGCAAGGUGCGCUGCAGCCAGGAGCGAUGUGUCAACUACUGCGAGCGAGGCAACGUCACCACGCUGUACAGCAGCAGCGAGGGAGGAGGAGAGGGAGGAAGGAGAGACGGCUCCCAUGGACCGGGCUUCAGAGUCUUCCUCUGUCCUCUGCUGUGUAAGAACGGAGGCGUCUGCCUGCAGAAGGACCGCUGUCUCUGCCCCGCCGGCUUCACCGGGAAGUUCUGCCAGAUCCCCGUCACGUCUGCCGCCGCCGUAUCUGCAGCGGCGCCGCCGUCCUCCUCCACCAAUGAGAUAGUCAAGCCCCUGCCGCCGCUCUCCGCCAUGGCGACCAAUCAGGAGCUGACCCAGUCGGAGUUCCUCCUGCCGCUGGGACACAGCCAGGAGGUGGCGAGGUCUGGAGCCCCCGGCCCCUCCCUGGUGAAGGUCCGAGUCCAGCACCCCCCAGAGGCCAGCGUGAAGAUCCACCAGGUCCUGAAGGUGUCUGGGUUCGGUCCGACCCUGCGGACAGUCUCCUCUUCCUCUUCCUCUUCCUCUUCCUCUUCAUCUUCAUCCUCCACUUCCUCGGGGUCAGCGGGCGCUCCAGCUCCGGCGGUCCAGGCACAGACACUGAGGGGGCGCGGCACGUACAACCAGCAGUCCGGGUUCAAGUACUGCUUCAGAGAGGUCAAAGAUGGACAGUGCAGCUCUCCUCUGCCGGGGCUGAGGAGCAAGGAGAUGUGCUGCAGAGGGAUCGGGAAGGCCUGGGGGAUCACCGACUGUGUGCUCUGUCCUGAAAACACAGGUCAAAGCAACAGCGGCUGUCCUGCUGGUUUCGAGGGAGCCAAUGGAACGCAGUGUACCGAUGUGAAUGAGUGCCUCCAACCGGGGCUGUGUGAGAACGGGAUCUGUGUGAACACCAGGGGGAGCUAUAGCUGUGUGUGUAGGGAGGGGUUCAUCCUCGACGCCUCACAUGGAAUCUGCAUCUCCCAGAGCGUGAUAUCGGAGGAGAAGGGCCAGUGUUUCCGGGUUCUGGGUUCGGGUCAGGGUCCGUCCUCCUGCUCCCUGCCCAUCCAUCGGCACAUCACCAAGCAGAUCUGCUGCUGCAGCCGAGUCGGCAAAGCCUGGGGACCCGGCUGCCAGAGAUGUCCCUACUUUGGUUCAGUGGCCUUUAAGGAGAUCUGUCCAGCCGGUCCUGGUUAUCACUACUCGGCUUCGGCGCUGCAGUUCAACCAGAAAGCCAACGAGCAGCUGGGGAGCCGAGGAGCUUCGCUGGUAACCGACGGCAACCAGACAAACCAGGGUCCUGGUUCUGGGUCCAGUAGUAGUGGAGCUUCUAGUUCUCAGCAGAAACCUUCUACUUCUGGAACGACUGCUGGUGGAGCCAGUACUUCACUGAGUUCUGGAUCAGGUGUUGGAUCCAGCGCAGCAUCGGCUGGUACCAGAGGUACCCAAACCAGACCCAGUUCCCCUCAACCUCAGCCCCGACCCCAACCUCAACCUCAACCCCGACCCCAACCUCAACCUCAACCCCGACCCCAACCUCAACCUCAACCCCGACCCCUGGCUACGCCUCCACCCCGCCUGGCCAACUUUCCCUCCUCCAGACCUGUUCAGACUGGCAGUACAGCCUCCCAGGAUAAACCCCAGACUCCAGGCAGACCUGCGACCCAACAAAUCCGUCCUGACUCUGCUUCUUUGCAACCAAGACAACAACCUUCGUCCACUGGGAGUCAAGCAGGCAGUCGGACCCCCUCCGGGUUCCGGCCUGAUCAGCCAGUAGCGAGAGGGGACUCCCUCCCCGUUCCGGCCCAGCCACAGAGCCCCGAGCCUGGGUCGAGGCCCAGUGGAGGGCUUCCUCCUCAGCAGAGCAGACCGGCUGUGAGUCCCACGACCCGAGUCCAGACACUGAGAGGAGUGUGUGAGAGCAGACCAGGUGUGUGUGGGCGUGGCCGCUGUGUGGAUCAGCCAGGUGGAAAACACACCUGUGUGUGUGAUCAGGGAUACCAGCACAACUCUCAGCGCACGUACUGCCAAGAUGUGAACGAGUGUGUGCAGUCUCCAGGUGUGUGUCCGGUGGGAGAGUGUGUGAACACCAUGGGCAGCUACAGGUGUGUGUGUCCAUCCGGGUACAGGAGCAGCAGCCAGCAGACCAGUUGUCAAGACAUCGACGAGUGCCAGCAGAACCCCUGCAGCAACGCUCGCUGUGACAACACGCCGGGCAGCUACAGGUGUGUCUGUCGCCUUGGUUACAGGCUCAGCGGCAACACCUGCACAGAUGUGGAUGAAUGUGAGGACCCUCUGCAGUGUCCCGGUCAGGAGUGCAUCAACAGUCAGGGCUCAUACCGCUGUGUCUCCUGUCAGCCUGGAUACAGACUGCUCAACAGGCUCUGCACAGACAUUGAUGAGUGCCGCCAGGUUCCCUGCUCCAAUGGUCGCUGUGAAAACACACCUGGAAGCUACCGCUGUGUCUGUCGCCAUGGUUACAAGCUCCAAAACAACACUUGUACAGAUGUAGAUGAGUGUGCGGAGCCGUUUCAGUGUCCCGGUCAGCAGUGUGUGAACUCUGUGGGAUCGUACCGCUGUAUGUCCUGUCGACCUGGAUACACACUCAUCAACAGACAGUGUGCAGAUGUGAAUGAGUGUGAGGAUGGUGAGCGUUGUCCUGGUCAGCAGUGUGUGAACAAUGAAGGAUCUUACAGCUGCGUGGACUGUCAGCAGGGAUACCGCAGUGUGAACGGACUGUGUGCAGAUGUGGACGAAUGUGUGCAGGCCUCUCAGUGUCCUGGUCAGCAGUGUGUGAACACUAUUGGGUCGUACCGCUGUGUGUCCUGUCAGCCCGGAUACAGUGGCCAGGACGGUACCUGCCGAGAUAUAGACGAGUGUGCGAGUGUCGGGGCGUGCGAGGCAGAGCGUGUGUGUGUGAACACCGUGGGCUCCUUCAGGUGCGACUGUAGGCCCGGGUAUCGAACCACCGGCCUGGGGAGACAGUGCAGAGACAUUAACGAGUGUUUGGAGGGAGAUUUCUGUUUCCCCAGAGGAGAGUGUAUGAACACAGUGGGAUCCUACACAUGUGUGUGUUCUCAGGGAUUCACACUGAGCGAGAACAGGACCGCCUGCCUGGAUGUGGACGAGUGUGUGAAGCCAGGUGUGUGUGUGGACGGUCGCUGUGUGAACACUGAAGGCUCCUUCCAGUGCCAAUGUCAAACCGGCUUCACCACCAACCCAGAAAAGACUGCCUGCCUCGAUGUUGAUGAGUGCGUCUCGUCCGGCGGGUCAGUGUGCGGCUCCCAGCGGUGUGAGAAUACGAUCGGCUCUUACCGCUGCUUCACUUCCUGUGAGCCGGGCUACCAGGUCACAUCGACGGGCAGCUGUGUCGACAUCGAUGAGUGUGCCAAUCAGACGGUGUGUGGGGAACACGCUUUCUGUCAGAACCUGCAGGGAACCUACCUGUGUGCAUGUCACCAGGGCUUCACCUCCACCGUCGAUGGGAAGGACUGUGUGGAUGAGGACGAGUGUGUCUCUCUGCCCGGUGUUUGCGGUUCUGCUCGCUGUGAGAACGUUGAGGGUUCCUUCAUGUGUGAGUGCGACAGACGAGGAGACGAGUUCGACACCGCCAGCCGACAGUGUGUCAACACCGCACAACAAGAGUUAGCCAUCUACUCCUCAUCCUCUUCAUCCUCCUCCUCCUCCUCCCAUGUCAGCGUGGGGGCUCCGGUGCUGCCCCCCCUCCCUGCGGCCCGGCCCGGGGAGCUGAGGGAGUGUUACUACAACCUGGCUGAGCGGGGAACCUGCAGCCUGCUGGCCACCAACACCAGCCAGCAGGAGUGCUGCUGCACAGUGGGCGAGGGCUGGGGGCUGGGCUGCCAGUACCACGCCUGCCCCCCCGCAGACACAGCCGAGUUUCUGUCUCUGUGUCCCAGUGGGAGAGGAUACGUUACAAUAGCACCAGGAGCCUUCAGCUACAGAGAUGUGGACGAGUGUAAACGUUUCCAUCCAGAGGUUUGUAAGAACGGAGUGUGUGUCAACAACAUCCCCGGAUACAACUGCUACUGCUCCAGUGGAUAUGUCUACAACAGCACGCUGCUGGAGUGUGUCGACCAUGAUGAGUGUGAGGAGGAGAGUUGUAUCGGAGGAGUUUGUGUCAACACGGUGGGUUCGUAUUAUUGCAGCUGCCCACAUCCUCUGGUGCUCGACGAUACCCAACGCAACUGUGUCAACUCCUCCCACCUCACUGUGGAUGAGAACCUGUCUGUCUGCUGGCAGCAUGUCACGGCGGACCUGGUCUGUCAGAGUCCUCUGCUGAGGGCUCAGGUCACCUUCAUGGACUGCUGCUGCCUGUACGGGGAGGGCUGGGGGAUGGAGUGCGCCCUCUGUCCCUCCACCGACUCCGAGGACUAUGCCAGUCUGUGCAGUUCGUUUCCUGCUACAUUUACAGAGAGUUUUCCGGACUCCACCGGACCCGGAGCUGGACGAGGAGGAGCCGGAGUGGCUCCUCCAUACUUCCCUCCCUACGGUUCGGACUCCUUCUCUCCAGUAGUGGUUCCCGGCAGAGACUUCGGUGGUUCAGACUAUGACGAUUACUCUCCAGCAGGGGGCAGCAGGUCUGGCUUCAGAGGGAGGACUCCCGCCACCUUCAGCCUGCCGGACGGAGCCUAUGGCAGGCCAGAGUACAGCACUGGUUACUACUCUGAAGGAGACUUCGGACCCCCCAACGGCUCCCCACCCAGGACUCCGUCCUUCCGCGUCCCUCCGGACCCCCGCGGCGAGAGGGCAUUCGGGGCCCGUCCUCCUCCGUCCCGGCCCGACGGCGCUCCUCUCAGCCUGGCCCCACUGCCCGGCGCCCCCUACCAGGAGCAGGACGAGGAGGAGGAGGAGGACGUGGCGUGGAGGCCGGGCCCGCCUUUCCCUCCGUUUGGGGAGAGGAGCAGAGGAGGAGGAGGAGGAGGAGGAGGAGGAGGAGGACCACCAAGGAGGGUGUAUGAGAGGCCUUACGAGUCCUACGCCGGCCUGAGCACAGCAGAGGAUUGUGGGAUACUGCACGGCUGUGAGAACGGCAGGUGUAUUCGCGUUGCCGAGGGUUACACCUGUGACUGUUACCAAGGAUACGAACUGGACAUGACCUCCAUGACGUGUAUAGAUAUAAACGAGUGCGAGGAGGACGCCGCCGUGGAUUUCCCGUGUGUGAACGCUCGCUGUGUGAACACUGAGGGCUCGUUCCGCUGCGUCUGCAGGAGAGGAUACGUCAUGUCCCGCAGACCGAACCACUGUGUGGCUGCGUAGACCGGACAGGACUGGACUGGGCUUGAUUAGACCGGUCUGAACUAGUCUAGACGAUCGAGACUACACAACGGCAGACUGGGCUGGACUAGAUUAGACUAAACUGGCUUUACUUUAGAACCAGAUUUGACAAACUAGACUUGACCAGACUAAGAUUUACUGGACUUAGAUACUGUAGACUGCACUAAACUGGGGACGGCUAAACUGGGCUAGUUUAAAUACUCUUAAUUAAUGAGCAACAACCCAUUUUAACUCUCUUGCUUUCUGUAUUUAUAUAUCGGGAAUGAACACUGUGGACCAGCUUUAACUAAUAGUGUCAUAAAGUGACUACGUAUAAAUUAGCCCAAAACUAAAUUCAAAGUUUGCUCGUUUCUGUGUGAGGAAUUUUAAUUAUAUUAGUUAUUUUACAGUGUUGUUUAUGUAGCGUCUCUGUCUCUAUAACAUUCAUCAUUUGGGAGGAUUCGUACUGUAAAUUAAGUCUCGGGCACUGAGGAUGUCGUAAUGCCAGAAAUGUAGUAACGUACGGAGCGCUGAACCCGCUAAUAAAAUGAGUGUGCAAGUCAAAAGAAACACCAAAGAUCAACAAUUUAUUUUAUUAAAAUGUAAUUUCUCUAAUAAGUAGAGUUAGUAUAUUUAUGUACAGUCACUUUAUUACACCAUCAGUUGAUUCUGAUCAUUCAGAUAAAUACUAAAUAAAUAAAUAAGUUUUAGCCUCACAGAAAAGUCUGUUAAAACAGAUCAAAAUCACAGAGAUGUACAGAGAUCAAUAAAAGCACACAGUGUCUUCCCAGUCUAAACCAGUCAAGCCCUGUUUAGCCCAGUGGUUGAAACCAGGCUAACCCAGAAGUAGACGCCAGGCUAGCUCUGAUACGCCUCGUAGUACAAACCAGGCCGGCCCUCCAAUGGGAACCAAGCUGUGCCAAAGUUCAUCUUUAUGUUUUCGACUCUAUCUGGAUGUUUAUUGUAUGAAAGUCCGGUAGGUUGUGGGGGGGGUGGGGGGGUUUGAGACGUGUGAAGUUGUGCAGUAGAAGAAGAAACAGUCGUGUGUGUCUUUUUUUUUUUUUUUUUUAAGGAAACUAACCAGGAUUCACACGGAGCUCAAAACAACAACUUUACAUUUUAACUGAUAUAAAAUGAGUUCAGUCUAACUGAAGGAGCUCAGGUGUGUAAACUGAAGAAACUAUAAUCAUAAUAUCUACACCACAAAGUAUAUAAAACACCUGGUUCACGCUUUACACAACAAACAAACUGUUCAAUAACGCAAAGAUUUGAUCUGUAGACGUAAACAUAGAGGAAAAUAUUGUCUCAAUUUAUUAUGAAUAAAUUAUAUUAAGUUUAAAAAAUAGGAGUAUUGUUUAAGUAUAACCCCAUUCCUUCAUUUUGUUGCUUUAAAUACAGAAAUAAUAUCCGACAGUACAGCUGUCAACUCAUUUAUGUGUUAGCGGUUGUAGCUGUCCCGUUGUGCACAACAGAAUGGAGCUAACGUAAAUAUUUUUAUCGUUAGCCACGAAGCAGCUCGCAUUUUGUUGAAUCUUCAUGUUCAUUUUAUAAUAUUGCUGAAAUUAAUUUCUACACACCCCAAUUAGUAAUGAGUCAUCCGCUAGCCAGAAACUAAUAGCUAAGGUUACAUGCUUGCUCCGACUAUUACGAAUAUUUCGGGACGUUUUGGUUCGUUUGAACCGGCCACAUGAAAACACAUAAUUUGUCAGUUUUUGUCAGGUAGAGUCAGAAGAAAGUUUUCUCUCUGCAGUUUAUUCACACAGAUCAGAUAAUAUAAGUUUUAUAAUCAACACUGUCUGCAUGAAUAAUUAAUUAACACCGUGAUUGAUCUUCAUUAAACCAAAUCCAGCUAACAACAACGAAUGUUUGUGAUAAGUUUGCUGAUAUUUUAUAUUUUUCUUAAAGUCAAAAAAUCUCAUGUUCAGACUCAAACCUAAAGUAAACGUAUAUACUAACAAAUAUUGACCCUUCCUAAGCCACGCCCCUUUACGUCGUAUGCCACGCCCCUUUUUUGCUUCAACUUCCUCCUCUUCUGUACUUAGAUAUGCAAAACACUAGCUAACUAGCUAACUAGCAUCGUUAGGUAACUUUCAACCACCAAGCUUUUCUGCCAGAAGUGAAAAUGUUGAUUUUGUCCCAAACCCGGAUAUUUUCCUAAAACCUAACCAAAUAAUUUUAUUACCUAAAUCCAACCAAAGUGCCACUGAAAGCUUUAAAUUCCAAAAGAAAAGGAAAUUAUAAAUUAUAAGCCUAAAAAUCUGUUUCACAGCGAAAUCAAACCACAGUAACCCGUUCUUAAAACGCUAACUAACUAACUAACUAACUAACUAGUUAGGUGGCUAUCUAUCUAUCUAUCUAUCUAUCUAUCUAUCUAUCUGUAGAGCUCCAUUGUCGUCCGCUGUUCCUUCAUUAGCAUGAACUCACACUGUAGUUUAUUUACACACCGUCCUGCUGCCCCGAACACUCACUAGAGCUCCAAAUGUGGAUUCAUCCGCCGUGGAAAAUAGUCCCCAACAAAUGCACUAUUUCUUCCUGUUUGUUUGAUUAAAAAAGUCCACAAACUAACACGCUGAUGGUUUGAAUCUGCACAUGAGAUUUGUUGAUUGGGUUAAUUAUCAGAUGACUUUUAUAAAUGUGUUGAUGAAUUACUGACUCGUCUGUACUUUUAUAUUUGACUUGCAGAACAUGAAUUCAAGCUGAAUGUACUGGACGCUGCAUUCAGUCACAUUGUGUAUAUAAUAAUUCACAUUCUUCCACAAUAAUCCAACUGAAUGAAGCUGUUACAGCCUGUAAGAGAGUGCGUUUAUUGUCUUUUUUUAUUAACUUUCUGAUGUGGUUAACAUGCUGAAUCCAUCGUGAUGAACUUUUCCUCCUCAGCACCUAAAGUUUGAUGUAUAACAUGCACUGUAUCCGCCAGAGAUAUCCGCCUUUUGUGUUCACACGAGAGAUUUUUGUAAAUCGUUUAAAUUUCAGUCUCUGGUAUUUUUUUUUUAAAUUGUUCAUUUUUAUGGUUAAUGAUUCACUUUUUUAUUAUUAUUGUUGUUUGUAUGACAAGAAAUGGAAAUAUAUUUGCACACACUUUUACUGAAA